AGCAUCCAACAUUAUUAAUGCUAGCAUUGCUGCUGAACAAGUGGAGUCUGAGAAGCCAAUGAUUCCUGAUGACUGGGACUGGGAGAUCAUUCAGGGACCAGAAGAACAAGAAGAAGAUAUAGCAGCCGGCCCCAGCAGCUGGAGGAGCUGGAUCGGCAGAAGGUAGAAUGAACAUUUAGCUUGCAAGGCAGCUCUGUCAGUUUGCUGCACCACAUGAAGUAACAAUUCUUGGAGAAAUCCACCCCUAAUCCCCAGCCAUGACCACGGAGCUAUUCAAGAAGCGCCUGAGCGCGUUCUACUCUACCUGGAGAAUCCACAGACACCUUUGGGGAAACUCCGAUAUCAUAGUCUUCAGCACGCCGGCGCAGGCGGCCUCCAAUUUAACCGGCGACUUUUUCGUAUGGCUGUUCGGAGAAGAUCUCGCUGGAACCACGGCGGUCUUCACUCCAUCGUCGAUUUUCUUCCUCUGUGCGCAGGAGAGCUUCUCUCGGCUGCGCAGUUUGGCGAGCUACGCCACGGAGGUGUUGAAAAUUCCGGUCUCGGUGGAGCUUAAUCCCAGGAGGAGAUUCUCCGGGCCCCGUAUUUUGUCGAGCUACCCCACGGAGGUGAUGAGAAUUCCUGUCUCGGUGGAACUUAAGCCCGAGUGCCGUCGCGAUGAGGAAGGGCUUUCCAAAUUGGAUGAGAUUAUUCGGAGUAUGCGGCUAAGGCUUAAAUCUGGUAAGUCGAACGAUGAUCCUACUUGCACAUUAACUGUUGGAUGUAUUGACAAGGAGAUUCCCAAAUCCAAACUAUUGAUGAGCUGCGUGAACGAUUUUGAGUGUUUUGCCAAGUACAGGAUUUCCACUGUGAAUAACGCGGUGCGGAGUGUGAUGGUUCAGAUUACUGCUUGUGAAUCGAGAAUUUAUAAAAAUGAUAAUCUCUUGGCUGAUAAUAUGCAAUUUAACAGAGGAGUUAAAAGGACUAUGGAGGAUAGAGUCGAAAAAUCUGAUCUGAUUAAGGGUUUUAAGGAAAUGAAUGUGUCUAAAGAUGAGGCAGAGACUAGCAGCAAGGUAAAUACUGAUAAAGAAAUGAUGAUAUUGGAAAAUUUGGGGUGGAAGUUUGAAAAGGCAGCCAAUGAACCACCUCCUUUAGUUGUAGAUCAAAGCAAAACCACAGAGCCUAUGAUGGAGGGAGAGACAAGUUUUGUGCCAUUUAGACUUGAGAAGGAGAAGGUGGUUGGUAUGCAAAUUCAAUGUUAUAAUGAGUCCAGACAAUUUAAGCAGCCCGAGACGGAAAAGGAUGGUGUGAGGAAGGACAAAAAAGCAGCACGGAAGGGGUUAUCGGUUCCUGAACAGAGGCUGACAUCGUUCUAUUCGAGCUGGAGGAAAUACAGAAAUGAGUUAUGGGGCGACUCUGAUGUUUUGGUGGUUACCACCCCGCCAUCCUCUCCGUCCGGGUCAAUUGCAGCCAUGCUGGACCGUCCAGUAUCGUCUAGCUUCUUCUUGUGGUUGCUUGGUCGUGACUUCCCGAACACAACAGCUGUGUUUAUGGACCGAGCGAUUUAUUUUUUUUGCCCUAUUGAGAGUUAUGCAAAACUUUGUCUUUUAGGACUCUAUAUGACAAAAGCAGCACAGGUUUCUGUUUCAGUCCAACAGAAGGUUAAGGCUGGUGAUGAAUCAGAACUGUUGAAUUCGACUUUAGAUGCUUUGUGGACUGACCGAGCUAAUGAUCACCCUGUUAUUAUUGGUUAUAUUGAUGGAGAAGCUCCAAGUUCAAAGUUGGAUGAAGGAAUGUUUCAAGCCACAAAUGUGAUGAGAGGUUUUUUAAAGCUUCUUUGUGAGGAGGGAGACGGAUUGAAAUCACUUCAAAGUCGGAGUUUAGAUACCACCGAAGAUAAGGACAUUGAGAAUCUAGCUGAGAAUUAUCAGCAGGUAAUGUCCUUGUUGUCCAAUGAUGCAAAAGCUUCAAGCAUGGUCUCAAAUGAGCAACAGAAAGAUGAACUAUUGCAAGAGAAGCAUGAAAACAAGGAUGAACUACAUAAAUCUGAAGAGGCUAAUCAGUUACUGCAGGAGGUUAAUGGCAAGAUUGGCAACCUGCCAUCCAAAUUUGCGGAGAUGAACAUUGUGGUUGAAGGGGAGCAGUGCCCUCACUCAACUGAAGAAGAUGGCUCCGAGAGUAAGCUGCUCGUGGCAGAGGAGGGAAACUCGCCCUGCAAUGCUGAACCAGUGGUACUGGCGGAGGAGGAGCAAGAGUCUCAAUCCGGUAAUGUUAGAGUCGAUUCAAGCAUUGAAAAUGCUUGCAAUCAGUCCAAGGAAUCUGUGGGUUCCGAUGAUGACUGGGAGAUCAUCGAGACCUCCCACGAGGGACAACAACCAAAUAUAGCCAAUAAUAGCAGCUGGGGGAGCUGGAUCGGCAGAGCAUUUAGCUCGGUCAGUUUGCACCACAAGGCAGCCGGUGAUGAAGCAUCAUCGUAAACUGCACAUUCAGACUUUGUUAAUGCCUUCCUCUGGAUCAAUGUGUAUAUUAUAUAAUAAUAAUGAUCAGUCUCUUUGAUUACUACUAGUUUAGUGAUGAAUAACUGGACAGAGAAACUAUUUAGUUGGUUUCAGUGGUUUGCCAUGCAUAUUCAGUAUUUACAUUUGAGAAAAUAUUUGAUGUUAUGUCAUGUGUUUGCAACUUUGCAUCAAUCUUGAAAAUUGUUCUAAUUCAUCGUUGUUGUAAAACACUUAUGUAUAUGUAUAUGUGUACAGAUAAAA